AUGACAAUGGAACAGGCAGUGGAGCUUAAGAACCAGGGGAAUUCUGCCCUUAAGAACAAUAACUUCGACAAGGCCAUUGGACUAUAUACCCAAGCGAUCGAGCUUGAUCCAACCCAAGCGGUGUUCUACUCCAAUAGGGCCCAGGCGUACAUCAAGACCGAAGCGUUUGGAUUGGCAGUAGAAGAUGGUACUAAAUCUAUUGAAGCCGAUCCUAAUUAUACCAAGGGGUACUAUAGAAGAGCAGUAGCCAAUGCUGCGAUCCUCAAGUACAAAGAAGCUAUCAAGGAUUUGAAAGUGGUGCUUGUGAAAGCCCCAGGAGACAAAGUCGCUAAACAAUACCACAACGAAUUUGUGAAGAUUUUGAAGCAAAAAAAGUUCGAAGAUGCCAUUAGAGGAGAGGAUACUCCUAGUGCGAUGAGUCAAGUGGAUUUCAACAAUCCUAUUGUGGGGAAGAAUCCGUUCAAGCAGAAUCAAUUGGAUAUCACGGUGACAGGAACCGACGGCAAGACCAACGAGCAGCAUAUUGAAGUUAAUGGGAUAACUAAGGACUUCAUCGAUGAGAUGAUUGAUAUUUUCAAGCGUGGAGAGAAGUUGCCAAAAAAGUAUGCUUAUGCGUUGAUUAUCGCUUGUAAUAAUUUGUUGAAGCAAGAACCAUCGAUGGUGAACAUCUCAUUACCAAACAUGAAGAAGAACGGCAAGAACGAAGUAGUGUUGGAAGGGGUGGACACGUUGACGGUAUGUGGGGACACUCAUGGGCAAUUCUAUGAUUUGCUCAAUAUCUUUGAAACUUAUGGUUGGGUAAAUGACCGCCACGCUUACUUGUUCAAUGGGGAUUUUGUUGAUAGAGGCAGUUGGUCGACAGAAGUUGCGUUCUUAUUGUACGCUUUGAAACUCCGUUAUCCACACCGACUCUUUCUUAAUAGAGGAAACCACGAAACUAAUGAUAUGAACAAGGUGUACGGGUUCGAAGGGGAAUGUAAGGCUAAAUACAGUGAGACGUUGUACUUGAUGUUCAGUGAGAGUUUCGGUUCUUUGCCGUUGGCAACAUUAAUUGGGAACGAUUACCUUGUGAUGCACGGCGGGCUCUUCUCUGACGAUAAUAUCACUUUGGACGAUAUCAGAAAGAUUAACCGGUUCAAGGCUACCCAGCCUCCAAAAGAAGGGAUCGAAAUGGAGUUGCUAUGGACCGAUCCUCAGCCAAUGCCAGGACGUACGCCAAAUCGUAGAGGUAUUGGUAUUCAGUUUGGUCCAGAUGUUACUGAGAAGUUCUGUGUCAGUAAUGACUUAUCAGGGAUUAUCAGAUCUCAUGAGGUGAGAAUGGAAGGUUACGAAAAGGAACAUAAUGAUAAAUUGAUCACCGUAUUUAGUGCUCCUAACUACUGUGAUAGUCAGGGAAAUAAGGGGGCGAUCAUCAACUUUACCGUGAAGAAUAAUGGUGAGUUCAAUUUGGAUUGCGAGCAAUUCGAAGCAGUGCCACAUCCUGACAUCAAACCAAUGGCCUAUACUACAAAUUUCGGCUUGUAG